GAGUCCAAGGAGGAGGAGGAAGGAGGAAGAAGCAUGGGGUCAAUACCUGCAACAACGCCAUACCCGAGCGCAGCGAGACUCGCUGAUUCUCAGUGCUACUCUCAGUACACUGCCUCUCUCAAAUGUAAGCUAACUUUCUCAUCCUUCCAAUUUUCUUUUCCUUCCGAUCUCUGAAUUCUUUUUAGGUUAUAAAACGAAUCCUUUUUU